AUGACACAUAAGCAGAUGGAUGUUCACUUGGAAUCACUUUAUAAUGAAUUAGGAAGGGCUUCUAAGACUGCUUCUUAUUCAAAAGUCGUUACUACCUGUGAUAAAAUAUUGAAGUCUUUUCCUGGUGACGAUUAUGCUCUCAAAUGCAAAGCAGUUGCUCUCAUUCACCAAGAUCGAUUCGAUGAUUGCUUGGAGUUUUUCCGAAAGCAGAAGGUUGACAAUCUAUAUCUGGAAAAAGCUUACUGUGAAUAUCGUCUAAAUCGAUUUGUUCAUGCAUUAAAGACUUUAUCCAGUUGUCCUGAAGAUACACCCGGAAUAAUUGAACUCAAGGGUCAAAUUUAUUAUCGCCUUGAAGAGUUUGAGAAUUCCAUUAAAGAGUAUGAAAAGCUGACAAAGAUUUGUCAUGAUGAUUAUCAGGAUGAACGCCUUACUAAUAUUUUAGCUGCAAAGGCUGCUCUUUCAUAUUUCCAAGGAAAACAAGUUCCACUCAAUUAUUCUUCUGCUCUUUUUGAAACUGAUUACAAUGCUGCUUGUUAUUACAUAGGACGUGGGAACUAUGAAAAGGCAAUGGAAUAUCUUGAAAAUGCUGAGAAACUAUGUAGGGAGACUUUUGAGGACGAUGCAGGUGUGACAGAGGACCAAAUAAAUGAAGAACUUGCUCCAAUUAGAGCUCAAAUGGGAUAUAUUUUUCAACAGCAAAACAAGAUAGAAGCUGCCUCGGAGAUCUAUCAUACCAUUUUACGCGAAAAGUCUGGUGAUCCAUCGCUGAUGGCUGUAAUCUCCAACAACCUCGUUUGUAUCAACAAGGACCAAAAUGUCUUCGACACAAAGAAACGAAUCAAGGCUGCAUCUAUUGAUGGUCUGCAGUAUAAUCUUUUCCAAUCCCAAAAGAGUGUUAUACUGGCUAAUCAUGCUCUAUUUUCUCUGAACAAUAACCAAUUUGAUAUUUGUGAUGGAAAAGUUAAGGCGGCUUUAGCCGAAGAUCCAGCGAAUGUUAAAGCGGUUGUGCUUUCUGUGCUUAGUGCAUCUAGAAGAAAACACCCUGAAGAGGGAAUCAAGAUACUGGAGAAAUUCACUCAAUCCCCUCCCUUUGAAGAAGUCGAUGAAGAGAAUCGCCUGACUAUCGCACUUCUCCUCCUUCAUCUCAAAUUAGCUUCAAUUUCAAAUGUUUCCCUUAGUGGCACUCAGUUGGUUGCUCCUCUAAAACAAUCUAAACUUACCUCUGAAUUGGCUAAAGACCUUGCUGAUAAUGUUCUUGCGAAAAUCCUGAAAGGUGAUUCUUGUUAUCUACCUUUAGUGGCCUCUUUACGGGUCGCUCUCCUUUUCGGAGCUAAAAUUGGCGACUCGGAUUUGGUGGACGCAAGCUCUGCUAUGGAAGCCAAAAAAAUUGUCAAUCAAACACUUGACUACUGGGCUAAGAGGCCAUCAGAUGUGGUUGAUUCCGACACCCUCCUAACACGCUGUAUUGACUUCUUUCGUCUCCAUGGAUUUGCUGAGGAUGCCGCUCGUUUAUUAGAGCAGCGGUUGGAGAGCUUGAAUGAUGCUCCCACAAAGAAUGAACAACAGAGACAGAGUCUUCUAGCUCUCCUUAUCCAAGCUUACUCCAAAUUUGACCACGAGAAGGCUAGUCAAGCGAGUCGAGAUCUUGAUUUCAAGAAUAAGUUGUCAGAGAAAGAAGUCGAUUCUUUGGAGUCCAUGUUUUUGUUCAACAUUAAGAGCAUCAAAAAGAAUGUUGCAAAGGCUGCGAAUGCUACACCUAAAGCCACUGCAGGCGGCAAAUCUGGUGGUGAUACGGUUGCUAAGCCACAACAACAGCAACACAAGAAAAAGAAGCGUCGAAUUCGUUUGCCCAAGAACUACGAACCUGGAGUUCCUCCUGAUCCGGAGCGUUGGCUACCCAAACGCGAACGAACUGGCUACCGUGGAAAGCGUCGUGAUAAGAGAGACAAACUCUUGAGGGGUCCACAGGGAGCCACAUCGGCUGCUGCUCCUGAAUUGGACAUGGGAAAACCGGCUGUGCAGGUGAAUUCUACUCCUCCUAAUCAAACGCCUUCAAACACCGCUCCAAGAAAGGUCCAACCCGGCAAACCUCAUAACAAGAAAAAGGGGAAGAAGCGCUAG